UAAUCUGCAACAAUCUGUGGCUGUUUGGAGUUUUCUCCUAACAUGGUGUUCAGCCUGAGGCACUAAUGACCCCUCAUACAUCAGAGACCACUGCACCACAGCACACACUCAGACCCUCAUCUCCAUCAGCUCCCUCCCUCUCGUGCUGCUCCAUCUUCUCUGCACGGCUGAGCUCAGACUGCACAGCAGGAAUCAUCUCCUGCUCAUCGGAUCAGUAAGAGGAUGGAGCUCCACUGCCGAACGCCGGCCGUCCUGCUGCUUCUCCUGGUACCAGGCUGUCUUUGUGCCCAUGGACGCUUCGCCCAAAAGCUUCUGAACGACCUUUUUUCCAACUACACCAACGCUCUGCGGCCAGUGGAGGACACGGACCACAUCAUCAAUGUAACACUGCAGAUCACCCUGUCCCAGAUCAUCGACAUGGAUGAACGGAACCAGAUCCUGACCACCUACCUGUGGGUCCGCCAGGUGUGGAUGGAUGCCUUCCUUAUCUGGAGGAAGGAGGACUAUGACGGCCUGGACACCAUCCGGAUCCCUAGCAGCUAUGUUUGGAGGCCUGACAUCGUCCUGUACAACAGUGCAGACGAUGAGUUCUCCAGCUCCAUGGAGACCAACGUUGUCCUCCGUAAUGAUGGACAGGUGAUGUGGGACCAACCGGCCAUCACUAAGAGCUCCUGUUCUGUAGAUGUGGCCUUCUUCCCUUUUGAUGUGCAGGAAUGUCACCUAACCUUCGGCUCCUGGACUCAUAAUGGUAACCAGAUGGACCUUUUCAACGCCUUGGACAGCGCAGAUCUGGCUGACUUUGUCCCCAAUGUAGAGUGGGAGGUUCUGGGCAUGCCAGCUAAGAAGAACGUCAUCCUGUAUGGCUGCUGCUCAGACCCGUACCCAGACAUCACCUUCACGCUCCACCUGAAGAGACGCGCCUCCUUCUACAUCUUCAACCUUCUCAUCCCCUGCAUGAUGAUCUCCUUCCUAGCUCCGCUGGGCUUCUACCUGCCGGCAGACUCUGGAGAAAAGGUUUCUCUUGGUGUGACGGUGCUGCUGGCCCUCACGGUGUUCCAGCUGCUGGUGGCCGAGAGCAUGCCACCGUCUGAGAGCGUCCCACUCAUCGGAAAGUACUACAUAGCCACCAUGAUGAUGGUCACUGCAUCCACAGCUCUCACCAUCUUCAUCAUGAACAUCCACCACUGUGGUCCUGAGGCCCGCCCUGUCCCAAAAUGGGCCGAAUGCUUCAUCCUGAAAUACCUGGCUAGGAUCUGCUUCGUCAAUGAGGUCAGAAAAAGCUGCCUUGGAGGGAGUUCAUCCAAAAAACAACCGUUAUCCCAGGAGGAGUCCGACAACCAGUCCUCCGGUGGAGGCAGAGGAGCAAACUGGGAUGUUAAUGGUGAAGCCUGGGAAGGGAGGGUGGACGAAGAGAGGAUGGGGGAAUCUGUGAGGAUGGAGCAGGAUGUGACUAAGCAGACCGUCUGGAAGGAGGAUCUGUUUGUCACCAUCGACCACUCUGAGGAGAAGGGAGCAGCUGGGAAGAAGGAGGAGGAAGAGGAGGAGUCAAAGAGCGAUGGUGAGGGAAGAAGGGGAGCCUAUGUUGAGGAGAAGAAAGGCGUUGGAGGUGCAAUUGGGGAGAACCGAAGGGAAUUCUUGGUGAGAACCAAAUGUGUGUGCCAGCACCAGCGAUUGCUCAAGAGUGUCGAGUACAUCGCCAACUCGUACCAGGACCAGCGAAUGGCCCAGGUCCUCAUCGCAGAGUGGAGGAAGGUUGCCAAGGUGAUGGAUCGUUUCUUCAUGUGGCUCUUCUUCAUCAUGUUCUUCUUUAUGAGCAUCCUGAUCCUGGGAAAAGCUAUCUGAUGGAUCUGUGUGAAACAUCUGGAGGUAGCCACCAUGACUUCAUGAAGAAACAGCAAAGAGACACUAAUAAUUUCAAAUGUAACUUUUUCUUCAGCAAGUUCAUGUUUCUCACUUUUGCAUUUGAUAAACUUUGAAGUUUUCACAGCUUCAUAAAACUUAAAGAAGUUGUUCUGCUUCCUGCUUCAACUGAAGAAUCGUCUUUCUAACCAAACCUUGUUGAUUAGAUGUUUGAAGUCAAAUAGAGCCAAACUAAAGACUUCAAUACAUCUACAGGAAGGAACCCGAUCCCAGAACGUUCCUGAGAUGAUGUUUUUAGGAAUGUGAAGAAUUAAUUCAGAGUAACUGAGUGAAACAUUUAAAGCAAUAAUCUGUAAAAGUUUCACUUUAUAAACUUAAAAUAAUGUUCAGGAAGACCAGGAAGCUCAAGCAGGCAGAUGAUAGUUGGGUGUGGUUCACUGAAGCUGAACCCAGGCCUCGCUGCAGAGGAACUCUGGGCUGUGAGAAGAUUCAGAUCUUCCUCCUAGUAACACAGCUCAGUGUAAAAAGCUCACAUCAAGCAGAGUUUUUCCUUCUGUUGUGUUUAUUAUGUUUCUUCCGGUCUCUAAAUCACAAACCUGUCACUGAAACAAACCACCAGUUCAUCUGAAGAUUUGUGUCUUUAUUUAGGAACUAAAAUCUUCUUAAUUUUGGACCGGAGUUGGUUCUGAUGGUUAAUGAUAAUUCACCUAAUAUUUUGUCCACUUUAUAAACCACCACACUGCAUGAGUCAGUCACUGUUCACUAAACAUAAUAACUCAUCUGUGGCUGUAUCCAUUACUAUAAUAAAUAAUCUUUAUAAUUA